GUAGUAUAUUAUGGGGCUUGGAUACACAGCCCAAACUCAGAGUUAACAAGACCUUCAAAUACUUCUUAUAAUUGGCACCGUUAUGGAAACUUCCUUCUCAGAAGCAUCUGACGGCCGUUGGGAAGUAUAAAGAUCCUAUCCUUCUUUCUCCGCCCUUGGGAGAAUCUGGCAAUUACGAGACUAUGAUUUCCAAGAUCGCAUAAUAAUGGCUGGCUCCUUGUAUGAACCCUCAUUUCACUCCGACGCGUCUAUCGACCUUGAUCCAGAUUCAGCGGAUGCCGCGCUGCCAAGAGAUGAUACUAUCACCCGUCGCUACAAGAUCUCUAACACAGCGUGGCGACAUCAUUACUAGUGAGAACCGCAGAUGAAGAACAGCUCUACAGGGUCCGCAUGUCCGAGGUCCGACCAAGAAAGCCAGACCUCACCUUCCAUGCUGGCGUGGAUGACUCGGGCCCAAUUGUGGCAGUUGCCAAGUUCCAGCAUUUCUCACGAAGCAUUCGCAUCGGUUUAGGAGAUCCACAAGCUCCGGGCGAUAUGAUUUGGGAGGAUCUUACCAGUCAAAGCACAGGUCACAGCAAAUAUCGCUGGGAAAUGGAGGUCCACACGAAUGGAAGUUCGCGGCGACAAUCCUUCCUCUGGAAAAGAACCCAUUAUGUCGGCCUGGAGGGUCACACUUGGAGUAGGCUUAGCAACCGCAACUAUAAAUUGAUUGACGAGCAAGGUGGGAAUGUCCUGGCGCUAUUCAUGAGCAAUGUGGCUUCAUACAAGGAGAGUGGCACGCUUCAGCUCUAUGUGGAUUACGAAGGACAAUUCGAUCUCAUGGUACUUGCGACAGUUCUUUCCCUGUAUGAGAAAGCGAGACGACGUCGAUAGAACAGAAUUAAUAGUGGAGCCUAGAGUGAAGGUAGUUGAUG